UUUAUUUCAUUGUCAGCUGUCAAAGCCCACAUGAACUACAGCCUCCUCUCCGAACUCAUUCAACAUGUGAACCUCCGGGCUGAUGCACUGAGGAUGAUGGUCUCAGUUGCUUCGACUGAUUUCUAAACAAAUCUUUCAGAUAUUAUGUAGGGAAUGGCAUGGAUUAUGGAUCGGAUAUGGAUAUGUUGCAUAUUCCUACUUUUUCUUACUGCUUGUGUGAAUUCAUCGCCUCAUGACGGUGAAGACGCUUCCUGUGAUGGAGCAUUUGAUAUUUAUUUCGUUUUGGACAGGUCAGGCAGCGUGUCGGGACACUGGGAUGAGAUCUAUGGGUUUGUGGAGCAGCUCACCAACAGGUUUGUCAGUCCCAGAAUGAGGGUUUCCUACAUAGUCUUUUCAGCCAGAGCUGUUGUUAUACUGCCACUCACUGGAGACAGGACAGAGAUAGAUGAGGGCUUGAAUAAGCUGAGCCAAAUCAAACCAGCGGGUGAAACGUACAUGCAUGAAGGCAUGAGGGCAGUGUCCGAGCAGAUGAAGGCACAGACUUCACCCUCAUCCACCAUCAUCAUCGUUUUGACUGAUGGCAAGCUGGAGGUCUUCCCCUUUGAGCUGAGUGUGCAGGAGGCUGACACAGCCAGAGGCUUUGGAGCCAGAGUGUACUGUGUUGGGGUCAUGGACUUUGACCACAAACAGCUUGCUGAAAUAGCAGACAGCACAGACCAAGUCUUCCCAGUGCUGUCUGGCUUUCAUGCCCUCAAAGACAUCGUCAACUCUAUCCUGAAGCAAACAUGUGCAGAUGUUUUUACAAUAGAGCCGUCAAGCGUUUGCGUGAAUGAGUCUUUUAAUGUGGUGCUGAGGGGAAGCGGCUUCAGUGGAUCCAAGAGGAUGGACAACAUCCUCUGCUCCCUGACCGUCAAUGAGAACACUUAUGAAAAGAAGCCAACAGUAGUUCAAGAUGGAUAUCUGCUGUGUCCGGCUCCUGUGCUGCAUGAAGUUGGCCAAUCAAUCGAAGUGCUGGUCAGCUUAAACAAUGGACAAUCCUACAUCUCCAGCCCCAUCACCAUCUAUGCCACAACAUGUUCAGAUGGGACCUGGGUGCUGUGGCUGCUGUUGGCUCUGUUGCUGUUGCUGGUUCUAACUUUACUCUGGUGGUUUUGGCCUCUCUGCUGCACUGUGGUCAUAAGGGACCCACCCCCCUCACGCCCACCUCCUCCACCUCCUGUCAUUGAACCAGAGGAGGAACUUUCACCACAACACAGAUGGCCUACAGUAGAUGCUUCAUACUAUGGAGGCAGAGGUCCUGGAGGAAUCAAACGCAUGGAGGUGCGUUGGGGUCAGAAAGGGUCCACAGAGGAAGGCUCGCGGCUGGAGAAAGCCAAAAAUGCUGUGAUCACUUUACCAGACGAAGUGGAGGAGCCUAUCAUACUCCGACCCCCACCUCGACCUCCUCCAGUCUACAACCGCCCAACACAGUCCAAAUGGUACACUCCCAUUAAGGGCCGUUUCGAUGCAUUGCUGGCAUUACUGAGGAGACAAUACGACAGAGUGGCGAUCAUGAGGCCGACACCUCACGACAAGGGCCGCUGCAUGAACUUCUCGAGGGUUCAGACUCAGAGUCAUUGAAGUUCAAACUUUAAAGAUCAACUCUUUCCAAGUUAUUUUUUGUCCAAAGAGAUCUUUACUCCAACAUAAAUAUUGUGAUUUUAAUUGUAUUGUAAAUAAAUGUGUUUACUUAU